UUCAAUUCGAUGAUGGGGCUGUCGAUAUUUUCUUGACUUGAUAGCUUAAUUCACAAUUUAAUCUACCUAUCAUCGCUAUUUUCCCAUCGCCAACAAAGCGUCUGUCUGAUCUGUCAAGAUUGUACCUACCGCCUGACAGCUUCAACAUUUAUUCUGGUGCCGGCUUCCUAGUUAGCCUGCUUCUCUUUUUCUACUCGCUUUUGUUUGUAACUGCCACCACCAAUGCCGCUACCGCUCCCUGAUGUUGAGGCAGUUCCUGCCCUUAAUGUCGAACAACGCGAGCAUCAACCAUUUGCAGCCGAACAACCAGCAGUUGCUGCACUCCAGGCUGAUGAACGUGUUGAGAGUUGGCAGACAGUCCUAGCCACUCCUGUCCGUCGUGAUGGAGCACGUCCCACUGAAAUGAUUGCCAACUGUAGACACCAUGGCCCACGUGAUUGUUAUUUUUGUAAUUAUGAACUUAUGGUGCGCGAUAUGGCCUACAGUGUCGUCCAACGAGCGCGAUACGAGACUUACCCAUUCAUUGAGAGAUCAGAAGCGAUUGAAGAGCUAAUAGAACUGUUACGCAGAUGUCGUGUACGACAAGCUCGUGUUCAAAAUCGUUCGGCGUUUCGCCGUUUUCAAGAAGUUCGUACAUUUGGAGAACAGCUCGCAGUUGCCGGACAAGUUGUUGUUGCAGGAGGCCAGCGCUUAGUUGCCGUAAUAUCAGCUGGUGUGGUUGGCGCAUUACGCUUAGCUGCCAGGCUUAAUAGACAAUACUGUGUCGCUGCCGGACAGCGCUUAGUUGGCGGACUGCGCUCAAUUUCCGGACAGCGCUCAAUUUCCGGACAGCGCUCAGUUUCCGGACAGCGCUCAAUUGGCGGACAGAGUUAUGUUGAUGGACUGCGUCCAGUUCGCGGACGGCGACCAAUUCGCGGACGGCGACCAAUUGGUGGACGGCGACCAAUUGGCGGACGGCGCUCAGUUGGCGGACGGUGCUCGAUUGGCGGACGCCGUUUAGUUGGCGGACAGCGCACAGUUGUCGUGCAUUCCGGCGCGUCUGAACCACAGCCCCAAGCUGAAGGAGGAACUGCUGCUGGUGCUGUUCCAGCAGCAUCGCCGCCUUUUGUCGCUUUUAAACCACCCGUGGCGGUGGUGCGUCCAAUGCCGCGAAAACGAACUCGCAGAAAUUAGCCAAUUCAAAUCGAGAGAACAUUCGCAAACAUCCACAAACUUUACACUGAAAAAUGUUGUUACGUUUUUAAAUGUUUUUAUUAAAUGUGUUUUACAUUUGCCUUUUCGGGAUCUGCGCCGUUGCCGGCCGCACAGUCCCAACGCAAACUUAAAAUUAUCAUUUUGUUAAUGUAAAUCCUUACUUAACAUUCGCCACGAUCGUGUGUCGCGCGGUAUAUGCGUAUUUGUUAUUUAGUUAUCAAAUAAAUGAGAGCCGACACAAAUGCAUUUUCCGUACAUUUCCAAUGUACAAAAAGGGAGAGCAGGGGCGGGAAUUGUUAAUUAAUUAAUGUGAUA